AGGUGGAUCUUUUUUUCUUUUCCAUUUACAGCAACCGGCGGUUGUGCUUUGUGGUUUCAGACGAUACACCAAGAAGAAUUUAUUAUGGGGCCUUAAUAUGGAGAAUCCUCCAUACAAGCUGACGGGACCUGAGUGCAAUGGAAAAGAAUGGUGCAGAAGCAGCGGUCUGUUUGCUUGUCUUUCUCCACGCAUGAAACUCACAAAGCUGUAGCAUCCCCGCAUCACCAGGUGCAGCGCAGCAAAACCUCACAACGUGGACGCGAUAUGGGGCGGGGGGAGGGAGGCAGGAAGGAGGCGUUGUCGCUGGAGGCAGAUGAAAAAGAGAAAGAGGGAGAGCGUGGGCUGGAAAGGUGUCAGGAUUUUUGUUGAAACCUCCAUUCUGUCAGACAUGCGCAAGAGCAGCAGCACCUCCACCGCUGCGCCGCGUUUCCGCCUUGGCUAAGCAAACGCGGCGCACACAGUCCGAGAGGGGCGGGGAGUGAAGCCGAGACGCAGUGGUUGUGGAGAGGUGGGACGCAGCGAGCACUGAUUCGAGCAAAUAAUACGACAGCCUCCACGUUAUUCCCCCCUUAGAUAGGCGACCUGUGCGGUGCGCGCCGGAGCCUGCCCAGCAUGGAUAUGGACACUGCGCUAAAGGAGAGGCUCUAAGAUGUGACGCUCCCUGGGGGAGACAGAGGGUGCGCGCGUGUGUCAGUGUAUGCGUGCUCGUGAGAAAGAAAGUGGGCUGCACUUAUAUUUCUUUUUUUUGCGGGUGAUUUCAAAUCUGAGCUGCGCGGCGUGAAGAUGAAGAAGUUCAACAUCAGGAAGGUGCUUGACGGUUUGAAAGAGGUGUCCUCCUCCUCGCCGUCUGUCCAAGUAGGGCCCCAGGAGAACAACCUGAUCCAGGAGACGCUCCGGUCCGAGCAUUUCCAGCUCUGCAAGACUGUCCGUCAUGGCUUCCCCUAUCAGCCGUCAUCCAUGGCUUUCGACCCAGUGCAGAAGAUCCUGGCCGUCGGUACCCAGAGUGGAGCUCUCAGAUUGUUUGGUCGCCCUGGCGUCGAAUGCUACUGUCAGCAUGAGAGUGGAGCAGCCGUCAUCCAGCUACAGUUUCUCAUUAAUGAGGGAGCAUUGGUGAGCGCUUUGGCCGAUGACACCGUUCACUUGUGGAACCUAAGGCAGAAGAGACCAGCAGUCCUCCAUUCCCUGAAGUUCAACAGAGAGAGAAUAACUUUCUGCCACCUGCCAUUCCAGAGUAAAUGGCUGUACAUCGGCACAGAACGAGGGAACAUCCACAUUGUCAACGUGGAGUCCUUCAUGCUCUCAGGCUACGUCAUCAUGUGGAACAAAGCCAUUGAACUUUCCUCCAAGAGUCACCCUGGGCCAGUUGUCCACAUAAGUGAUAACCCUAUGGAUGAGGGAAAGCUUAUAAUUGGAUUUGAGUCUGGGAUCGUGGUCCUGUGGGAUUUAAAAUCAAAGAAAGCAGACUACCGCUACACUUAUGAUGAGGCUAUCCACUCAGUUGCCUGGCAUCAUGAGGGCAAGCAGUUCAUUUGCAGUCACUCAGAUGGAACUCUGACUAUAUGGAACAUCAGAGGCCAAGGAAAACCCAUACAGACAAUCACACCGCAUGGAAAACAGCCCAAGGAUGGAAAGAAGCCAGAGCCGUGUAAACCCAUUCUCAAAGUGGAAUAUAAAACAACGAGAAAUGGGGACCCUUUCAUUAUAUUCUCUGGUGGUCUGUCCUACGAUACAGUGGGACGGAGGCCAUGUCUGACAGUUAUGCAUGGAAAGAGUGUCGCUGUGCUGGAGAUGGAUUAUCCUAUAGUAGACUUUCUUACGCUAUGUGAGACACCAUAUCCUAACGAUUUUCAGGAACCUUAUGCUGUGGUGGUCCUUUUAGAAAAAGAUUUAGUGGUGAUCGACCUUGCACAAAAUGGUUACCCCAUAUUUGAGAACCCAUAUCCUUUAACAAUCCAUGAGUCUCCUGUAACGUGCUGUGAGUACUUCGCCGACUGCCCUGUGGACCUCAUUCCUGCACUUUACUCUGUUGGCUCACGGCAGAAACGGCAGGGUUACAGCAAAAAGGAGUGGCCUAUUAGUGGUGGAAACUGGGGACAGGGCACACAGAGCUACUCCGAGAUCAUCAUCACUGGGCAUGCUGAUGGAACAGUGAAGUUCUGGGAUGCCUCUGCAAUAAUGCUUCAGGUGCUCUAUAAGCUAAAAACAGCCAAGGUUUUUGAGAGGAACCGAUCCAAGGAAGACAAGGGCAGCAUUGAGGUGGCGGACGAAGAUCCCUUUGCCAUUCAGAUUAUGGCCUGGUGCCCCGAAAGCAGGAUGCUUUGUGUGGCUGGGGUGUCAGCCAAUGUUAUCAUCUAUCGCUUCAGCAAGCUUGAAGUAACUACUGAAGUGGUGCAGUUACUAGAGGUGCGGAUGCAGUACGAGCUGAGUGAAACUGAGUCUCCAGAUGGCGGAGGUGGGGAGCAAACAUCGGCACAUCCCACCCCUGGUGCCUCCCCUCAGACGAGCGGCCCACCUUCACACCCUUCCACCAGCAGCAACAACUCUGACGGAGGCAACAUACCCUGCCUUAAACUGCGAAGUACUCCCUUGAAGCAGUCUCCAGGUUACCAAGUGGAUUUGGUGGUCCAGUCAGUGUGGGUGAGUGGAGAGCCUCCUCAGCAGAUCACAAGUCUGGCGCUGAAUUCCUCCUACGGCCUAGUGGUGUUUGGCAACAGUAAUGGCCUGGCAGUGGUGGACUACAUCCAGAAAAUGGUAGUUCUCAAUUUGGGAACGGUGGAGCUUUACGGAUCCAAUGAUCCCUACCAGAGACAGCCUCGGUCGCCAAGAAAAACACGGCAGCCUUCGGGAGGUUUGUGUGACAUUAACGAGUACUCAGCCACGUCUGACGACCGCUGCAAGUCUCCAACUUCAGUGUUGAUGUUACACAGCAAUCUUCAACAGUUCUACAAUGGAGGUGGUAGAGGAGCAAAGAUGUCACGGAAAUUAAGCUUGCCUACUGAGCUAAAGCCAGAAUUGGUCCUCCUGUCCGUGUGCCCGCCGCGCGGUGCCAACCCGUUAGACCACCGGGACAACUCCUUCAGCCGCUCACGCUCCCCUAGCGUCACCAGCAUCGACAAGGAAGCCAGAGAGACCAUCAACUCCUUCUACUUCUGUGAGACUUUUGCCCGUAAGGGGGACUGCUCUUUGACACCAUGCCUGUAUGUGGGCACCUCGUUGGGGACUGUACUGGGUUUGGCACUCACUUUGCCAUCUGCAGGGGAACAGCGGCAACUACAACCAGUCAUUAUUUCACCUACAGGUAUGUUGGUACGGCUUAAGGGAGGUAUUAUGCGGAUGUCUUUCCUGGACUCUGCUGGUUCCCUGCUGCCUUCUGCAUUUGAACCCUGGUAUGAGUCCAACGUCACAGCAGAUGGUGAAGAAAGAGAGAAAAUCCGAAAGCGACGGCCUGUCUCUGUUUCACCUUCCAGCUCACAGGAGCUAAAUGAGAGUCAGUUUGCUGUGGUGUGCUCUGAGAAGCAGGCCAAAGUCCUCUCACUUCCUUCCCAGACCUGCAUCUACAAACACAGUAUCACAGAGACUUCUUUCAUCUUACGGGCAGACGUCGUGCAGAUAAACCAGGGAGUGUGUGUGGCUUGUUUUUGUGCCAACGGCCACAUAAUGACCCUCAGUGUUCCAGGACUGAGACCGCUUAUGGAUGUAAACUACCUACCUUUGACAGACAUGCGGAUAGCCAGGACGUUCUGCUUCACAAACCUAGGCCAGGCAAUGUACCUCUGCUCACCUACUGAGAUUCAAAGGAUAACUUACAGUCAAGAAACCUGUGAAAACUUACAGGAGAUGCUGGGUGAACUUUUUACACCAGUGGAGACACCAGAGGCACCAAACAGAGGAUUUUUUAAAGGCCUCUUUGGUGGAGGAGCACAGUCACUGGACAGAGAAGAACUAUUUGGUGAGUUAGCAGCUGGGAAGGCAUCUCGAAGUCUGGCCCAGCACAUCCCCGGGCCAGGUGGCAUUGAGGGAAUGAAGGGGGCCGCUUCGGGUGUGGUCGGAGACCUAGCACGUGCCAGGAUAGCGCUGGAUGAGAGAGGCCAAAAACUGGGUGAACUGGAUGAGAGGACAGCUGCUAUGAUGGCCAGCGCAGAUGGUUUUUCCAAACAUGCUCAUGAUAUGAUGCUGAAAUGCAAAGACAAAAAAUGGUACCAGUUCUGACGAGCCACUGGCAAGGACCAUCGCUCUCUGUGGUUACAACUAUCUUACUGACUUUCCAUCAGCUCAUCUGGACUCGCACUGUCUCCCCCCACCAUCUGUCUGUCCAGCCGUCACUCUGAGCCUUCUUCACUGGAAACACUCGGGAGUUUUUCCCGUAGCACAAUGUUGGAUACUGUUCUUACCUCGGUGUGAAGGUGAACCUGAGGUGGAGAGGGACAACCUCAGAGGAAAAUAAUAAAUAAAUGGUGACUAUUUUUUGUUCUUUUUUUGUUUAUGUCGAGCCUCACUUCCAAGGUCUCGGAUUGGUCCAUGCACCUGAGGAGUCCUCAUUCUCAUUUGCCAAAACAUCCUUGUACUGUUGUCUCCUCUGUGACCCUCUUGGCCAAUAUUCAAACCAACAAAAAUGGCUGAAAGAAGACUUAAUAUUUAACCAAGUAACGACAAAUUCAUGUAAGAGAAAAGGAGUCUAAAUAAAUUGAUAUAUCUAUACAUAGAUCUAAUAAAUGUGCAAUGCUGUAUCCACUUGUAGACUUUUGUACUUUAGUGACGAUUGCGAAAGAAUGGAAUUAUUCAUCAAGGAGAUGGAGAAGCGUUUAGAGUCUGCAACACUGUGGCCAGAGUCACAAAGAUUAAAGCUACGUUCUGAUGUACGCUGGAUAUUUCAUCAUCUUACUCGAUCUCAAAACUCUCCUCUGUAUCUUAGACUUUUAAACUGUUACAGAGUGCUUUUGUGUGAGAGGCAGAGUGUGUGUCAUUCCUCUGUUUAAUAUUUGUUGGGGUUUUCUGCUCUGUAUUAUUUGAAAAUUUAUUUUUCUAAUGUUCAAAAAUGGUCACAGACACAAAUUACUUUGUUCUUAUGAAAAGGGCUGGAAUCUACUAGAGAAGCAAGGAUAUAAAUUAGUUUUUUUCUAUAUGAAUUGUAUUGUGUGUGUAUAUAUAUAUAUAUGCAUAUAUAUAUAUAUAUGCAUAUAUAUAUAUAUAUAUAUAUAUAUAUAUAUAUAUAUAUAUAUAUAUAUAUAUAUAUAAAACACCAAGCGUAGUGCCACAUUUUUUUGAAAAAUGCAUUUGUGGGUUAGCCAGCAUAGUUGAAGAUGUGGAAUGCACCCAUUAAAAACAACUGAUUUCCUCUGUUAAUACCAAACAGCUUACUCUGCCAUUGACUCUUUGGUGUCAUUUAUUUUGAUUGGAUGAAUAAACCUGAAGAAAAAAAUCCUAUGAGGAAUUGAAUACUUCAUUCACUUAACAAACAGGGGUUUCAGUAUUGCAUGGAAGAAAUGUAAUCAGCCACAACACCUCUGUAGGACAGCAUUCCUUUCUUUAACUAGCAUUUAUUGGCCGAUGUGGUUGUGUUCCAUGGGGUUUAAGUCAGAGGCCAUUCCAUCUUCUAAUCCGUUACCCUAUUGCUGCAGCAGUAAGAAAAUGGUUCUCCACAUAUUCUCUACACUUUGACCCUACAAUCCAACUGCUGUAGGCAUAAUCUGGAUUUAUCAAUGAAUAAAAACAUGUUAAGGCUCCAUUUCACAUGUCAGGCACCACAUUGUCAGCACCUGGAGUACCAGAAGCUCAAAACAAAAGUCAGUGGAAGAAUAUGGGCAAUUAUACAUCCAAUUUACAGUCCUGAACUCUGCUGCCCCUCCCACAACUGCAUCUACCUAUAUAUACAUAUAUAGAUAUAUAGAUAUAUAUCUAUGUAUAGAUAUAUAUAUAUAUAUAUAUAUAUAUAUAUAUAUAUAUAUAUAUAUAGAUAUAUAGUAUAACAUAAAUGCAAGAGUAGAGUGCAAUAUUUUAAUUUUAAACAAGAUUAUUAUUAUUAUUUAUAUUGUCUUCUUAAAAUAACUUUGUGUUUUCUAUGUAAUUUUUUUUAUUCAUGAAAGAGACUUCAGUUCAAUGUCUGAAACGUUCACCCUCAUUAUUUUGUUUUAUUUCUAGCUUGUUUCUGGUACACUGUUUGCAGUAAGCCCCUCUAUGAGAUGUCUGUCAGGCUUCUAACCUUUAUUUGUAAAUAAGUAAAUAGUUUGACAAUCUUAGACCAACUAGAAAGUAUACAUUAGGGUUGCACAAGAAACAAAAGAGGAGACAGGCCAUAUUUUUUCUGACGCCAAAGAGUUGCUUUAGCUUGUCCAUUGCAUUAUCGUUUGGCCAUGACUCUGGGAACCAGAGGUCACCCAGUUAUACGUGUGCAUCUCAAUAACUUGGAAUAUCAUUCAAAAGUUCAUUAAUUUCAGUCUUUCAAAUGAAAAAGAAAAACAAACAUCUUAUUAUUUAAGUCCAGUACUGAGUGAUUUAUUUGAAGCUGUUUUUUCUGUUAAUUUUCAUGAUCAUGUUUUAUAGCUAAUAAUACCCAAAUUCCAGUUUCAUUGUCCAGGCCUUGUAAAUCUCCCCCAAACUCUUGAAUGAGCUUAUCAUCAGGAUCGUUUUAAGGUAAGGUUGCUGUUAUCCCUGUUGCUCGUGGCCCUUUUUCUAUCACACGUUUUCCAUUCCACUGACAUUUCCUUUAAUAUGAUUGAACACAGCCCUCUGUGAACAGCCAGUUUCUGUAGCAUUGACCUUUUGUGGCUUACCCUUCUUGUGGAGGGUGUCAGUGUCAGUAUAAUGGAUAAUUGUCAAGUCAGCAGUCUUCCUUAUGGUUGUGUCAGCAUUAACACAAUAAUGUUGUUUUUAAAAUUGGCCUUAUGCAUUAUCCCAGAUUUUGGAGAAACUGAAUUUCAGGUUUUGAUUAGCUGCAAGCUGUAAUAAUCAAAAUUAACAGAAACACACCACGCUGGGUGUGAUAAAUCUAUGUAAUAAGAUAUUCAAACUUAUUGAGAUGCAUGUGCACUGUCGUUUAGACACAUUAUAGCUUGAUACAUGAAGAGUGGACAAAGGCACGAUUUAGAUUUAGGAAUUCUAUCGCCUUUGUUAUUUGUUGUUACUUGAAGAUUAAAUGCCAUCUAUAGAAUGGUAUCAAAUGUAAUGUUUCAUCUAAAGUUAAAUGUUUCAGUGGACCAAGCUGUGAGUUAAUGAUGGUGUUCCAGUCAAUCUAGAGUCACAGCUACCCUGAUACAAUAUGUAAGGUAUUUAUAUAUGUGUGAAUGUGUGUUUGGAUGUGCCCAUCAGAAUCACAUAUUAUUAUUAUUUCUAUUAUUAUUGUUUUCUGGUAGCUUAUGUCCAAGUCUCUCCUUGUAAAAAAAAGUGUGUCCGGCUCAGUGUCAGAGAACAGUAAAUAGAACCACCAACACAGAAAAAAAAAACAUUAACUGUCAGAGGAUCGGCGGAUGAUGUCAAAAUUCUGGUUUAAUCAACACGUGUUUAGUUUUUACACAAAUGCCCUUCAGUUUUCAGACUUACUGUCACAUAUUGCCAUGUCGUUCCACAGCUAUGGUGGAAUUCUGGUCCAAUAUGUUCAGUAUGUAGUGUGGAUUCUGGCAUAAAAAAGGGAAAAAUAGCCUGUCUUUUGCUUUUUUCUACCUGUGUUUGUCUUUUUCAUUUUUUCCACCCAAUGUCAUGCUUUAUAUUAGGUUCUGGACCUGCUUCUGUGUUUGUUACAGUCUGCGGUAUUCUUACCUGGUACAACCCACACACUCAAACAGUUUGACUGACUCCUAUGUAUUUCCACAAACCAUCUUCUGUCCUGGAUUCAAAACUCAUCAGUGGGGUGCAGUAUUUUUCUCAUUGUAGCCAAUUUUCUUGUACAGUUUUAUGCAAAUUUCACAUGGAUGUUUAUGACUUUAUCUGCUGCCACAAAAUUUAGAAAUUCUGUAGAUAGAGAUUACUGUGCAAUGGAAAAUAAAAAGUGAGAAAUGUA